AUGAGACUCAUACCUGACACACAGCAGCAGCAGCAGCAGCAGCAGCAGCAGCAGAGUAGCAGCAGCAGCAGCAGCAGCAGAGUAGCAACAGCAGGAGCAGCAACAGCAUCAGUAGCAGCAGGAGCAGCUGCAGCACCACGACCAGCAGCAGCAACAGCAGCACCAAGAGAAGCAGCAGCAGCACCAGGAAGAGCAGUAGCACUGCGUUUGCUGCAGCAGCAACAGCAGCAGCAGCAACAGCAGCAGCAGCAACAGCAGCAGGACCUGCAGCAGCAGCAGCAGGUGGAGCAGCUGGAGCUGUGGUCGCAGCAGCAGCAGCAGCAGCAGCAGCCGCAUCAGCGGCAGCUGUAA